UGUCUCACCAUUCAGAUCCGAACUGUGCUCUGUGUGUUUCUAGUCCUGCUGACCUACUCUGUCACCCAAGCCUGUGUGGUAAGUGUGUGUGUUUAGAAGUCAUCAUGUCCGUUUGAAAUCUGGCAACUCUAGGGCAUGCUUUAAAACUCAGGUUAGCUCCACUGUUAGACUGACAUACAAGAGCUCCCUUCCCCGCAUAUCCUCUCCCUCUCUUUUUAAACCUCCCCCUUCCCCUUUACCCCUCACCCUUUUCCGACCUCCUCCAGGUGAGCUGCUUACCCUGGGUCUGGAUGAUGGGAGGUAACUCCAGUAGCAGCUCCGUGGAGACUGUUUCCAUGGAUACGCCGGGCGAGCCACGGCUGGGGCCAGUGAAUGGUACGGUAGCGGAGGGGGUGUGUCCGAGCGUUUCCUAUGCUCUCCUCUCCUGCGUGGCCGGAACUCUUACCGUUGUCCCUUACCUCCGCGUCUCCUCGUUACCCAAGAUCCUCCUGCUCUUCCUUCUCUCGGUCCUCUACACCAUCGCCAUGGAGACCAGCGGGUACCGCAUCGCCGUGGGGUAAGGGGGAGGGAGGCGAAGGCGUGAGGGAGUGAGAGGAGUAUGGUUCAAUAUAGGUAGGGUAUGCUUUAUUGGUAAGUGUGGUAAGUGUGUGUGUGUGUGUUUUAAUGCAGUGUGUGUGUGUGUGUGUAGGGGAGGUUUGCUCCACCCUCGGGGGUAUGAUCCUGUGCUGGGUCUCCUGUUGUUUGCUGUAGCUCUGGCUCUACACUGUAGACAACUGGACCUCAAACUACGUCUAGACUACCUGUGGGCCACUCAGGUGAGUGUUUAUGUGUGUGUAUGUGUGUGUUUGUGAGUCAUUACCCCCCUCUAGUGAUGAGGAAAAGCUAUUACAGCUGAAAGAGACUCACUGAGAAGUACUUUCUGAACUGAAAACCAAUUAAAGGACUAUCACUCUUUCAUUCUGUCUGUAUCCAGGUGUGUUGGUUAUUUGUUGGUUGAUUCUUAGCAGAAACCCAAAUGGCACCCUAUCCCUAUGUAGUGCACAAUUUUUGACCAGAGCCCUAUAAGGAAUAGGUUGCCAGACUAUACUAAUACAUGUAUUGCAUCAGAGUGAUAGAGAUGUGCGGCUACCUUGUUUUUGUUUCCAUGUAUUUUGUGCAGGCAGAGGAGGAGAGAGGCGACAUGGAGAAAGUCAAGCUGGACAACAAGAGGAUCCUGUUCAAUCUCCUACCUGCACACGUAGCUCAGCACUUCCUCAUGUCCAACCCCCGCAACAUGGUGAGUCACACCCACGUCCCACCUGUGCCUCGUCCCCCUUUCCCCCCUGUCCCCCUGUCCCCAUGCAUCUCGUCCCCCUGUCCCCCUGUCCCCCUGUCCCCCUGUCCCCCCAUCACCCCGUCCCCCAUGCAUCUCGUCCCCCUGUCCCCCUGUCCCCAUGUCCCCCAUCACCCCGUCCCCCAUGCAUCUCGUCCCCUGUCCCCCUGUCCCCCCAUCACCCCGUCCCCCAUGCAUCUCGUCCCCCUGUCCCUCUGUCCCCCUUGUCCCCCCAUCACCCCGUCCCCCAUGCAUCUCGUCCCCUGUCCCCCUGUCCCCCCAUCACCCCGUCACCCUGCAUCUCGUCCCCCUGUCCCCGCCGUUCCCCGCUAGGUCUUCUCCCCGUCAUGUUUGGGUAGCGGUGCACUGGAGGAGCUGGUGCGAUCAGGUCGUUUUGAGGUCAUGUUUGGGUUGAAGUGUGAUCUGACCGCAUCAUGCGUGGUCAUGUUUUGAUGUUGCCCGAGAACUUUUGAACAGUAAAUGUUAAGAAUUUCUUCUUUGACCUCCAAGGUUGUAUGGUUGUUGCGGUUUGGUUGCAGUUUGGUUGUGAUUUGGUUGCGGUCGUGGUUGAUAUUUGUUUGAGAUUUGAUUGUGGUUUAGUUGUGGUUGUGGUUGAUGUUUGGUUGUGGUUUGGUUACGGUUUGGAAGUGGUUUGGUUGAGGUGUGAUAUGAUGUGGUCCUCUGUAGCUCAGCUGGUAGAGCACGGCGCUUGUAACGCCAGGGUAGUGGGUUCGAUCCCCGGGACCACCCAUACACCAAAAAAAUUAUGCACGCAUGACUGUAAGUCGCUUUGGAUAAAAGCGUCUGCUAAAUGGCAUAUUAUUAUUAUCUGACAGGUUCUCCGUUGCUGUGUCCACUGAUUGAUCAAUAUCCGUUCUACUGAUGUCUGUUCCUCUCCCAGGCCCCUCACCCUCUCCCCUCUCAGGAACAGGAAGUGCUUAAAUCAAACAUCCUGUAGACUUCCCAACCAGGACAUGUGUAUUCCCGUCACGAGGAUAGGAUUGUUUUGUAAACAGUGGAACCAGGAAGUGACCCUGGGACAGUUGUUACAGAGGUGGUAUAACAGGUCCUAGAGCAAGGGAGAGAGAUGACAGUUUUUACAUAGGGUUUAACAGUACAGUUCCUACAGCGCCCUGGCAUAUUGGUACAGUGCAUUGAUUGACAUAGGGAUACCGGGAACAGUGGUGACCCUUAAACCCUGGAAUGUUGUAGAAUGGUUACAACAUCUUGAUCCCAUGUAUCCCUAUGUCCAUCAAUGCACUGUACCAAUAUGCCAGGGCACUCUAGGACCUGUUCUGCCACCCCUGUAACAACUGUCCCAGGACCAGUGUAAUAGCCCUAUCUAGCUCUGGUUGCAUGUCUACCUCUAUUCUAGGACAUGUACUGUUAACCCUCUGUCUGUAACAACUGUCCUAGGACCUGCUCAUAUCUGUGUAUUAGCCCUAUCUAACUUUUAGUUCCUUGUAUCUGUUCUAUGACAUGUAUUGUUAACCCAGGACCUGUUAAUACCUGUGCAAUAGCCCUAUGUAAGUCUUGUUCCCUGUCUACCGAGCUGCCUGCCUGUUUUAGAACCUGUACUGUUAUAACCAUGUAACAACUGUCCCAGGACCUGUGUAUGUAACCUGUGUAUCUCCCUUUCUGCCUCUCUGAUCUAGGACUGGUACCAUUAACUCUGUAAUAACUGUUCUUUCAGGGUGAUGAACUUUUCCUUUAACCCUUUCUAAAAAAUUGUCCCAGGACCUGUUAAUACCUGUGUAAUAGUCCUAUCUAACGGCCAGGUUCCCUGUCUGAAUCUAUGUUAGGACCUGUACUACCAGUCGUAUAGUCAGGUAGGAGUGCUGUUUGCCUCCAUCGCUAAUUUCAAUGACUUCUACAUCGAGCUGGACGGCAACAACAUGGGAGUGGAGUGUCUCAGGCUGCUCAACGAGAUCAUUGCAGACUUUGACGAGGUGAGGCAUCCCAAAUGGCACCCUAUUCCCUAUACAGUGCACUGCUUUUGACCAGAGCCCUAUCUAACCUUAUUUAUUUUAUAGUCCACUACUUUUGACCAGAGUCCUAUGGGCCCUGGUCAAAUGUAGUGCAUAGGGAUGUGGCCCAACAUCUCCUCUACUUUCACUUUCUACUGUUCCAUGUGUACUGACAGUGUUGACAUUAGCUGGUCAGAGAUUAGAGUAGUGGCGUGAUCAUACAGUUCUGCUCUCUUCAGGGAGAGGAAGAUAUGAAUGUGGGGAGGAGGUUGUUUUGGCUGAAAGUUGAUAACAGGGUUUGGGUCAGUUUGAAUUGAAGGCAGUCAAUUCAGGAAAGAAACCUUACAUUUUUUUCUAAUUCCAUACUUGCAUUUUUUACAUCUAUUUUUAAUGAAUUUUCAAUUAACCUAAAAAGAGAAGCUAUGUAUGUCUAAAGUUAGUUGAUUUCUGGUUUUUAAAAUCAAAUCACUUCCUGAAUUGACUGACUUCAAUUCGAAUGAACCCAACUCUGGUUUGUUAUUUAUAAUGCUUACUAGUCACAUCUCUCUAAUAACUCCCUGUAAACCUACAGUAUAUAUAAUUAUUUAUCUAUUUUCCUUUAUCUCUCUCUCUCUCUCUCUCUCUCUCUCUCUCUCUCUCUCUCUCUGCCUAUAGCUGAUGGAUAAAGAGUGCUAUAAGGACAUUGAGAAGAUCAAAACUAUCGGCAGCACAUACAUGGCUGCAGUAGGCCUGGUGCCUACCACUGGCUCCAAGGUACACUUAACUACAGUAUAGCAUACAGAGUGUGUGUGAAAAUGUGGUGUGACCUCAAUACAAACCGCUUCUGGAGACCCAAAUCCAAGGGUCCUCAGAUUCUAUAUAUAAAUAUAGUGAGAGAGUGAGAGAGUGAGUGAGUGAGAUCCUCUAAGGUGGACAAACAAAGCUUUCAUUUUGAGACAUAAAUGCAAACUUUAUGCAAACAACACUGUUCGUGAGCCGGCAUUAUUUUAAAUCCUCAUGAUAUGGGCUGCAUUAGAUAACUUCCUUCAUAGCUGUACGGAAUGUGCAACUUACAGUAUGUGACCUGGGGAUAAAAAUGAGUGAGUGCCAUUUUGUAUUUAUUUCUCUCUUCUUGUCUUGUGAUUCCAAGGCUAAAAAGUCCACCUCCUCACACUUAUGCACAGUGGCAGAUUUUGCUGUUGAGAUGUUUGAUGUACUGGAUGCCAUCAACUACCAGUCUUACAACGACUUUGUCUUGAGAGUGGGUGAGUCAAAACACACACACACAGUUUUUUGUGAGAGUCAAUGCGUAAAGUUGUGACCUUUGACACUAACUAGCUGUCCGUCAGCACCAUCUCCUCUGUGUUCCAUCGGUCCGUUCAAACGCGUCACUGAAAGAGCCUUGUGACAGGAAGCGUGUUACAGAGAGACCUGAGGGGUUGUCACUAGUUACCACAUUAAAAGAAUUACAUUAAUUUGAGGGUAGGGUUAGGCAUAAGUUUAGCAGUGUGGUUAAGGUUAGGGUUACGGUUAGGCUUAGGUUCAAAAUCAGAUUUUAAGAAGAUAAAUUGUGGAAAUAGGCAGGGUUAAACCAUAAUUAUGACUUUGUGUUUGUGGUAACGAGUAUUCCAUACUGUCUGCAGACUCUGUGUGUGUGUGUGUGUGUGUGCGUGUGCAUGUGCAUGUGUGUGACUGCAGAAACUUGGCGUUGUAGAUUUGUGUGAACCACAGUGAGGAUCAUACUGAUAUGUAUUAUGUAUGUAUUUUCAUUGUGCGUGUAUGUGUGUGUGUGUGUGUGUGUGUGUGUGUGUGUGUGUGUAGGUAUUAACGUGGGUCCAGUGGUAGCAGGAGUGAUUGGAGCGCGGAGGCCUCAGUAUGAUAUCUGGGGGAACACAGUCAACGUGGCCAGCAGGAUGGACACCACCGGACUACCGGGCAAGAUACAGGUACAGCACCCCAAACACACACAAAUGUACAGACACACACAGACGCACACAGAUUCACGCACACAGACGCACACAGAUACACAGACGGACACACACGCACACAGACGCACACACACACUCUCAGUCACGCACGCACGCACGCACACACGCACACACACACACACACACACACACACACACACACACACACACACACACACACACACACACAUAAUAUGCAGGUGAUCAUUCAGUUGUUGUUUGUUACCAUGUGUCCUACAUUACCCACAGGUGACAGAAGAUGUGCAGCGCAUCAUCAAGGGUCACUAUGACUUUGUGUGUCGCGGCAAAGUCAGCGUCAAGGGCAAAGGACAGAUGCUCACCUACUUCCUGGAGGGGCGGAUCCCCGGCAGGGGGUCACAGCACCAGCCCAGGAACCUGGAUCGUUCCCGGACAAGUCCGUUCAACCGUUCAACCAUUAGCAACAUCUGCACCAAACUGAGCCCUGCCCCCAACGUGACCCCCUAUGCCACGAUGCGAAACCUCACCCCCGGCACGGCCUCUGCAGCAACCACCUCCACCAACAGCACCAUCCUCUACCUGCCCUCUGUGGCUGUUCCCACGGCGAUGAGGGUG